AUGAAGUGUUGUAUCUUUGUAUUCUUGUUGGUAGCUGUGGCUGUAGCUGCUCCUAUAGAAAACGUAAGUAAUUUAGCAUAGCUUUUAUAUAUAAUAUGAUAAAAAUAAAGCAAACAACACCUUUUAUAAUAGUCGAAAAAGUUGUGCUAGGACAGUUUCAUCAAGCUUAUAUAAAUUUUUUAAAUUUGUAAACGCUGAGAUGUUAUGUGUCAAAUAUUCUGAAAAUUUCAUGAUUCAGCAACCUCAAAAUGAAGACGUCGAAACGUUUGUCGCUCCACAGGCUGCCAAUGUUCCUCCAACUAACGAAGGUUCCACCGGUUCUAACGAUGGUCAAGUUGUAAGUCAAUUCAUAAGCAUUCAAAAUUUUUUGUGUUUUUUCAACAUAAGAUGUAUAUUUUGUGACGUGAGGGAGAUAGUAAAGGUUUUGAUGAAGACUGUCAAAGCAAUUCAUUGUAGCGGUUCCCAAUGGGCCGUCAUCUAGGUGAUUCUGUUUCUCUAGCUACCCCGAGCAUUAGAAACGUAUAGUUUUAAAAGUUGUUAGUUGAGCGGUGGGAGAUGUUGAAUGGUUAUUUUAUAAAGUAGAUGAUGCUUGAGAAGAUUAUUCAUCAAAAAAGUUUAAAUUUUUUUUUAAAUUGUUUGAUCAUCUACCAACAUUAUAUUUACAGAUCAGCGACCCACUCCUCCCGGCCCCACAGCCUGUACCUGAACAACCACAGCAACCUCAACAACCUCAACCUGCCCAGCCCCCAGUGCCCCAACCACCGCCACAGCCACAGCAGCCUCAACAACUUCCACAGCCACAACCCCAGCCACUUCCAGUGCCACAACCACCACAACAACCCCAACAACCACCACAGCCACAACCCCAGCCACUUCCAGUGCCACUUCCAGUGCCACAACCACUACCACAGCCACAGCAACCCCAACAGCCACAACCACAGCCCCAAGUUCCUCAACAACCACAGCAACCACAAGUAGCCCAACCACCUCAAGAGCUACCAGUCGACGGCUACAACUACCCCAAUGAACCAAGCCAGCCUCAUUUGAUUGUGCCAAACAAUGAUCCAGCCAAUCUUUUGACACCACAGCCUUUGGCAAGCAACAACUACGUCUACCCCAACAACCCGAAUGCUAACGCUCAGCCUGGUCUGAAGAUUCCAGUUGGAAACUGA